AUGUCGCAUCCACCCGGCAGCUAUAAGGAGGAGCCGGCCACUGAACCGGAUAGCCACCCAGGUCACCCUCAUCAACAGCAUCCGCCGCCACCGCCCUCCACUGCUACUUCCCAGCAGCAACAUCCUCAGCAGCAGCAACAACAGCAUCAACAACACCCCCAGCAACAGCAGCAGCACCCUAGACCUAACCUCCCCCAUCAACAACACCCAGGACAGCAGCAGCAGCAGCCUCCCCCCUCCUCUUCUACUUUCCCAUCGCCGCACCCCCCUCAACAUCAAUCCCCUUUCGCCCAGUCUUCAAACCUCCCCGGUUCACAGCACCCUCACUCUCAAGAGAUCGCUUACUUUGCCCAUCCCUCCCCAUACGGCACUCCCGGCGGUAGUGCUCCUUCAUACCCACCUCAAGAUUUGAUGGCUACCCACACAAUGAACCGUCCACCGUAUCCCCCAAUCUACCACACUCCUCAGAGCAACUCGCCGGCCUCUGUUGCCUCUCCCACAGCGGAUCACCGAGUCUAUUCACAACAGCCUAUGCAGAACCCGCUAUACGGGUAUCCGCAGACAUACCCCCCAAUACCGGCUGGCCCCCAGAACUACUCCAGCCAGCCUCCUCACCAUGGUCUCACACAGCCGUUGUUGAUGUCUCAGUCUUCAGGACAGACCAUGACUCCACCACAACCUCAUCACCAGCAUGUCGCACCAAACACUUCUACCGCGGCAAAGAUUUCCCAGACUCCUAUUCACAGAGCCUCCCCAUCUACCCCCUCGUCUGGAUCUAAGCCUGGUGCUGGAAACUCCGCGAUCAACCCGAAUGCCGCUCCUGGGCCGAUCCCGGCGACAACCCCAUUGGUGGUCAGACAGGACAAUAACGGCGUGCAGUGGAUCGCAUUCGAGUACUCUCGCGACAGGGUCAAGAUGGAGUACACCAUUCGCUGCGAUGUCGAGUCCAUCAGUGUUGAUACCCUAUCCCACGAGUUCAAGACCGAGAACUGCGUCUACCCGCGCGCUUGCUGCCCCAAGGACCAGUACCGGGGUAACAGAUUGGUUUACGAGACCGAGUGCAAUGCCGUUGGCUGGGCUUUGGCAGAGCUUAAUCCUUGUUUGAGGGGGAAGAGAGGCUUGAUCCAGAGAGCUGUAGACAGCUGGAGGAAUUCUAACCAGGACCCCCGGCUACGAAGCCGAAGGGUCCGUCGCAUGGCGAAGAUCAACAACCGCAAAGCAAAUGCUCAGGCUGCUCAGGCUCACCUCGGUGCAGGUUCACCUAACGUUCACAAUGGUGUUCCUUCGGCCAGCGUAGGACUCGGACUUAAGGGGCCUCUUGUCCCAAACGCGCAGCCACAGCUUCACCACCACCACCAUCCGGGAACAGCUACAGGUCACAAUGACUCCCCAACCGCAGCGAACGGUGAGGAAGAUAUGGGCUCGAUGUUGCACCACCACCAUCACUCUGCCCAAGCUCAGUAUGGAGUCCAGGGACAGAUGCCCUCAAACACUAGCUCUAGGUCUGGCUCAGGACACCUUUCCCCGGCCGUUGGAGGUGAAGAAUUCGGGAAUGGACAUGCGGGACAGCAUCAUCAUCAUGCUCCGACAAGUGGGAAUGAUAUCAGACCGAGGCACGUCUUUCACGGAUAUCCCACUUCUUACCCGUCGGAAAACGUAGGGGGAGCUUCUAUGCCACCUUCGAUGCACGAUAGCAUGGACCCCAUGGGCCCUUCAUCCAACACCCCCAAUGCCGUUACCGCGUCUACCCCACCCAAUAACACCUCGCUGUUCGGAGACAUCCCGGACCACAAGCGUCGGAAGUUUAUUCUUGUGGAUGACCCGGCCCGUGGCUCCCGUGUCCGUGUCCGUGUGAUGCUUGACCAAGUUCACAUGCAAGAGAUCCCGGAUUCUUACCGCAAAUCAAACUCUGUCUACCCGCGUUCAUUCAUGGCGUCACAGAUGGAGGACGAUUCGCAAACAGAGACCCAGACCCAGAUUAUCGUGCCCAUGCUCGAUGGAUCAAGCAUGACCGUGUCACCACCACCACCCAGUAACCAGAAGAGGAAGAAGGAGUUGGAUUUGAACGAGUUGGGAUACAGAAUGUCGUGGAGCCAGUCCAGAGUCUUUGCAGGCAGGACUAUGUUUUUGCAGCGAGCUCUCGACGCGUAUAGGAAUAAGAUGAGGAGCAGCAUGAUGGCCGCCGGAACGGAUGUUGUUAACUCAGCGCCUCACCUCGAAACUCGGGCCGGAAAGAGAAAGUGGUUGGAGAGAAACCGCCGGUCGAGGCCUUCCGACUCCUCUUAA